AAGCGAAUCGUAGUGGGCAAGGAGCAGGAACUUGUUUCCCUUUUUUUUCAGAUUCAACGUGGAUAUAAUUUCUUCCCUUCUCUCACAAUCCCUCUAUCUUAUUUCCUCCAUCGUAUCAUCAUCCUCUCUUUAGGCCCAAUCAUAGGCCUAGUCAAGUUCGACAGGCGAUGGCAGAGAUGCCCCCGGUCCGAUCGGGUUAUGGUCGGAUAUGUAGCAUCCAACAAGGCGAUUAUGCAGUGGACGGGUGUAGAUCAGUUUGAGCAAAAACACUCGUUAACGGGAUUGGAAAGGAACAAAGGAAACAGAGAUACUCAGUCAUGGAUAACCCGCUGGACGAAGUUGGGCCACAGAUCAAGCAUCUUGGAGACUUGGUUAUACAGGGUUUUGGAAAACUGAAGGAUAAAUAUCAAACACACCGCUCGACUAAUCAAGUAGCUAGAACGACUCACGCAGUGAUUAAUGAUCAAGCAAACUCGAGGGAAAUCCAUUACGAUCGAUUACAUUCGAGCCUGUUACCUCAGUUGAAAGAGAAACUCGUGACUAUCUCGAGACUAUUAGAGCCACAGGACAUAUGGGAAGAGCCCGAGGCAAGACUCAGAAGGCUCUUAGAGAUCAUACCCGAACUGGAUUCCACCCUCUCCCAGAUUCACUUUUCCACUCUCAUCGUCUGUCCAGGAACGUUAUUUAGCGCCAGCCAAACGAAUGAUCAAGACCUCAAAGAGUUCAAAACAUUCAGAUUGAUCAAACUGAAAGGGACGAUUGAUCAUAUGCUUUGGAACCUCUGUUCGGUCUGCAACUCUGCCUCUAUACACAUCGAGAUCAUCGAACUCUCGACUGGGGGACUAUUCAUGCAUGUCAAUGAAUCUUCUUUCUAUGGUUCAUACAGACAAGCGUUACGCUGGAUUAGGUUCACGAUCAGUCAACUGAAAGGUUCGGAGUUGGAUGUCGUCGAAGAAUGCAGGAAAAUCCCGAUCCUGUCGAUCGAUAAACUCUUACAAGAUACCCUCAGUAUCCUCACUCCAAGCGCGCCAAAGACUAGAUACUUCCAGCGGAAAUUGACCCAACAAGCUACAGUCAAACCUGUCUAA